AUGGCUCCAGAACGAAACGAGCGACGACGGCAGAAUCAAGUGGCUUGCCACAUGUGCCGUGCCCGAAAGCUGAAAUGCGACCAACGAAAGCCGUGUUCGAGCUGCACAUCCCGACGCUGGAUGCGAGUACGUUGGAAGACAGGAUGCCGUCUCUUGCCAGAUGUGCCGCAAUAUCAUCAGCCGAAGAACACGAAGCGCAUUUUACUUCCCCCUCGAGACUUUGCUCUUCGAGUGAUUGAUCUGUACGAGGAGAAACUGGAGUCGGCACAGCAGGUUAUGCACAUUCCAACGGUGCGUGCAAAAGUGCAGCUUCUCUACGAGCAAAGCCGAGGUCCUCGACCAGGCUCACAACAAGGACUCAUUGCAUUGCUACUGGCAAUGAGUGCCCAUAUCGGGUUCUGGGAUACUUAUCAGCGAAAUGGGUUAUUUCAAGAUGUCGAACUUGCUGCGAAAGUCUCCACUGUCCUUGCCCAACAAGCAAUGGACGCAAUGAACUAUGCGCGAGAUUCAACCACGGCUACGAUGGAAGCCGUUCAAGCUGCCACCUUGCUAGUCUUUCUUGAAUAUCACAUGGAAGGUUUCUCCAUGCGACUGCGACUACUACAAUCGACUGCACUGGCCAUGGCUCGUGAGCUCCGCUUGCACAUGAUCGACGCUGUCCAGUCUAAACCAAUUGACCUCGACCAAGCGGCUGUCAUCGAGAUCGAGACAGGCAGAAAGCUCUGGUGGUACAUUGCUUGCACAGACUGGCUUCUGGCCUUCGACAGUGGUCCAACUCAGGGUGUAUACUCGGUCAUCCCACAACAAAUGCGAGUAAAGAAGCCACGGAAUCUGAACACGGACGACUUCUUUACCCGCGAUCUCGACUUUGAACGGUCGAAUGAUGCAGCCACCCCCAUGGCGUACUACUUUCUCCGCAUCAGGCUCGCAGAGGUCUGCCGAGAAGCAGUCGAUAGUAUGAUCAUGCAACAGCCAGAGGCGGUGCCUUACGACAAAGUCUAUGAGCUCGAUGGCAAAUUUUGUGCUCUUACUACCAGCCUCCCACGGUUUUUGCAGCUCGACGUCGGUCCUGAGACCAUCAAGCGCGAAUUUGGCGACAGGGGUGGCAGUCAAAUCGGCCUUCAGCGAGCUCUCGCCAACCUCAUGAUAUCCGUUCGACGAUGCAAGUUUCACUUGCCUUUCUUAAUACGACACAAAAUCAACCCACGCUAUGCUUUCUCACGAUAUGCCUGCCUUGAGUCCGCUCAGAAACUGCUGGAAGUCCGGCGAGUGUUUCUGGAUGAUAGUAGCUGGCAGAUCUCCUCGACCUUGCCAUUGUUGGGCUUGUACCGCUUUGUGUUCUACGCCGCUAUGGUGUUGGUCAUGGAUCUCUGCAUCAACAACCCCAACGAUCGCACGCGGCUGGUUGAAGUCCGCGACGCUAUGCAGAUCGUAGCCGAGACGAAAAGCACGAAUCAGACUGCCUGGCACUUCCUCCAUGCACUGCGCGAUGUGCUCUCGAGACAUGGAAUCAGCUUGCCCGUCGAAAAUAACAGCAAUGUCAUUACGCCUCACCAAACUCGCCAAGAAGGCACACAAUCUAUUCCAAACGACUCUAUCAGCGAAUGCAGGCCGAUGACGGGGAGAUCAACCGAUCCCGUAUUCGACUUCUCAGAGUUUGAAUUGCUUUGGCCACAGAAUCUUGUCGACGAUUUGUUCCUCGAUCCACACUGCUGGGAUGGGCUCAUCAAUCUCGAUACUCGUAUCAUGUGA